AUGUUGGCCUUGAAGUCUGCCUUGCAGCGUGGCCGCGGGCCGUUCUGCUCCCUCAGCAUUACAAAUGCCCUUGCACAACUGACCCUCGCCGACCUUAAAAGCUAUGUCUCGGAGGAAGUGGCACAACGAUCUAUGGAAGAUCGCAGCAUCGCAAUUAACGAGCAUGCCUUUUCGCUCCAUAGCGCGCUUAACUCGAACGGCGCCAAUCGUUGGAAAGGAAAAGUUGGCGAAGGACCUGGGUGUUGUACGGUGUACGAGACGAAUGACGUGGCGUGCUCCUGGUUUGUUCUGCCCCCUGGCGCCAUGCUGCCGUUGCAUGAUCACUGCACGAUGAUUGUGUGGCAGCGAAUUUUAUUUGGACGCCUCCACAUUAAUUCCUUCGAUUGGGUGCCGGGGUUUGAGCCUGUGGACACGCAACUCAUUAACCGCCGGGGUGGGGAAGCCACUGUCGUUUUAUCAGGCACCGUUGAGGCGCGUCCUAACGGCGGCGACCCCGCAACGCUGGUGGCAUCGUUUGGGCCGCACACCGGUGGUGUCCUGCACGAGAUUGUGAAUGAGAGUAAGGAGCCCGCCUUGUUUUUUAACGUCACGACUCCGCCGUACAACAAACCUCCGAACUACAUAGACUGCAUGUAUUACUCGUACUCACGCCUCAAUGGCAGCUGUGCGACUUCGGUGGGGUCGCAAGCUCGGGCAGCCCCGUGUGAAUCCCUGAAGGUGGGGGAGCGCGUGUAUCUCACCCCAGGGGAGUCGACCGGUCGAAUGGAGAUGGACGUUUUUGUGCCGUUGCAGCCGCUAUUUUGA